AUGGAGCAUUGGAAAGGCUUGCUGGAGACCAAAUCAUUGCUGAGCACCAUCCAGCAAGAAGGGAUGGUUCCCGUCGGUGAGGUCAGCGUCGACCCGCAGAGGGCCAAUGACUUCCUGAGCCGCUCCAGGCCCAGGAGGAACGUGGACCCCAAAUGGUACCGAGGCAACCCGGACUUCCAGGCCUACUACCGCUACUACAGCAGUAUCGGCCACACCGAGGGGCUGUAUGAGAUCGACAAACUGCGGAUGUUGUACCAGCAGAUGAGGUACUUAGAGCACAUCUACGGCCCCAACGCCUCCUACUUCCAGAACAAGCUGGGGGCCCCUCAGAUUACGUGUGACCCCACCACAGACAAGAAGUGCAAGGUGUUGGUCCCCGUGCCCCCGCCCAUGAAAGGCGUCCCCGCUCCCCCGCCCAUGAAAGGCGUCCCCAAGGCCACCGAGCCACCCGUCACCGCGCCUCCUCCCGUUCUUCGCGCCCCCGCCAUCUCCCAGGCAGAUGUGCUCUACCUGUGCAACAGUAAGGACCCGCUGUGCAAGCCUCACAUCGUGUAUCUGCCCACCGGCGCCGUGCCCGUCCUCUGUGACCCCCGCUACCACCCGCACUGCAUGCCUCAGCCUGCCCCAGCCUCCCUGCCCCAACCACAGCAGCCGCCCCCGAAAAAGUUUGUGCCGCCGCCCAUCUUGGUAAAAAAAUCUCCACCGCCGGCGCCUGUCCACACAUUCAAGGGCAUGGAGUACGACUGCGACCCAUACUGGGACCCCGACUGCCUUAUCGACCACCCACCUAGACCCCUCAAGGGGAAAGUUAUGGGACCUCCGCCGCCCCCACCUGAAGAAGAGAAACAGCAACCUGUGGAAGAGCCUGCACCUCCUCCCCCACCCAUCCAGAAGAAGGGCCUCCCCUUCCCCUACUACCACCCCGCCAUGCCUAUGCCUUACGACCCCCGCGAUGAGCUCUACGACCCCGCCCGCUUCCAGUAUCCUCAACCAGAAGCAACUGCAGACAAGCCUGAAGACGAAACCCAAUAG